AUGUAUGAUCAUAAUUCCUUCUUUGAUUUGUUCUUUUCAAUAUUUCUGUUAUCAUUUACAAUAUUCAAAAAUACAAAUUUAAAUAAAAUACCAAUUUGGUUAUUUCUCCCUAUCUGUUUAUUUUUAUUUUCUAUAAAUGGAUGUCUUUUAAAAUAUUUAAUUGAAUUAUUACAUAAUUGGAUGGCCCCACACGAAUUUGCUUUUGCAAAUGGAUUUUGUGGAAAAAUUGAAAGAGCGGUUAGCGGUGUGGAUAUACACAUUGAGGAAAUUAAUAAUGAGGUAAUGGAGGGUUUUAAAUAAUUUUUUUUAAUUUGUGAAAGAUUUUUUAUUGACUUAUUUUUAUAUUCCCAAGGAUUUUCUGUUC